AUGCUCAACAUUGUUCAAUUUUCAGCUGAAGAUUUACGCAUUAACCGCUCAUGGGAAAACUGGCCCUCUCAUCUGGUGUUACCGAUGAUGUUGAUGAGAGAAAACAUGAAACAAUCGAUGCUGAUGCAGUCCCUGGGCACCCCCUCCACUUUAGACCUUUCCAUCAGCCCCAAAUCCAGACCCAGGCUGCCCCAAGAGAGCCCCGGGGGUUUCGUUUGCGGGGACUGCGGAAGGACUUACAAGCUGAAAAGCUCCUUGAGGAACCACCAGAAGUGGGAGUGCGGCAAAGAGCCCCAGUUCAAGUGCCCUUAUUGCGUGUACAAAGCCAAGCAGAAGAUGCACAUGGCCAGACACAUGGAAAGGAUGCACCGGGUGAUCGAUUAUUCUGCGGUCAAAACCGAGAUUAAGAGUGAGAUUAACGAGGAGAAGGAAGCUCGGGAGGAGACUGUGGAUAAACAGAUGGAUAUGCUUAACGACAAUUGCAGCAAUAGCAGCAAUGUUGAUAAUGUUCCCUCAGCGGUAUAACUUAGUGGCGAUAUACUCACAGGGUGUCUUGAAUGUUGAUGCAAACCUUUCAGGAGAAGACAGAAGACGUCAUUCAGAAUCUACACUCAGCGGUCAGGAAAUAGAAAUCCCAAUUGAUCGCCUUGUAACUUUUUCAAUCUUUGUCCGAUAUUGGUGAAAUUCCGAUAAAAUCGAUGAUCAAUAUUUCGGAAUUUUAGUCUGAAUUUCAGUUCCCAAG